AUGAUCCGUGGUAGGCGGUUCGCAAUCACAAGUGAAAAUGCGUUUGCUUUUAUGACAUUGCACAUCAAAUACUUUAGGAUUGAAAUUUUUGCCCUUUUUAAAAAAAUAAGUACUAAAUUACCAUCACCUUUUGCUAAAUUCUUCAAUGUACCAUUUCCUGAGGAAGAAAAAUCACCAAAAAGGAAAUCCCAAAGAUAUUACCAUCAUUUUGAAUUCCCUGCGUCGCUACAUUGCAGCUUUAUGAUAGAUGUCAUUACCGCUUUAGCUACCUCAAUGACAAGGAGCAGUAAAGGUCUCAAACAAUUCUAUCAAUUAAUCGACAUUAAAAAAAUAUUCACUCCUUCCUCUACAAGCAAAAUCGGCUCAGAACAAAAGCACAAAAAAAAACUCAAUUGA